AUGGGUGCAGAUCGUGCCGUCAAGUUCACUGUACGACCCGACGGUCGAAUCGUCACCCACGAGCCCACUCUCACGCUCCAAUACGACAAAUGGGCCGAAGAAAUGCAAACUCUCAGCGUGCCUGGAGAACACCUUCCUCGAUACGCGAUCAAACGAGUCACCAAGUUCGGCGGCGCUCGUGGACACAAGUUCGAAGUCUACUCUACCACCGACAGAGUACAAAAGGUCGCUUGCAUCAAGCACCACUCCAUGCCACCAAGAAUACAAAUCAACAUGGUCAGAGCCGACCGCAAACUCAAAAUUAAAACACACGACUCCUCACGGCAAUACGACGCUGCGGGCGGUCUCGGGCGCUUAUACUGGAAGAGUACAGACAUGAAAGCUUGUUGGAAACUCAAGAACAACAAGGGUCUUGUUUUGCUUGUCACGAUUGACGAGGCUCGAACUGGUGGUAUUCUCAGCAUAUACAAGAAGAAUCUGGAUAAGGAGGUGAUUGAAGAAUUACUGGCUGUGGGUGUUGCGCAGAUUGAGGACUAUAAUCGGAUAUCAAGGGCUUCCAAAAAGAGUGUUGGGUCAUCUCCAUAA